GAUUAAUUUUCGUUUUGAAAAGAACAAGCAUUUUUUUGUUUGGUGCGGUGGGCAGCGUAAAGUGUACAUAUUUUUUUCGUUUGUAUUAACAAUCUACAUAAAAAAUAAUGCAAUUAAACUAGUUAAUAAUAAAAUAUAUUAACAACAAAUCACUACAAACACGUUUUGCAACAAUACGCUCAAAAUUAUUUAGUCAUUAGACAAACGUCAACUGUGGUGGUUAAGAGUUUUGUUUUAUUUGGAGAAAACAAGCACAUUUUACAAAAGAAAACUAAUAUUUACAUAAUGGAAAAUUUAAAAGAAGGCAUUCUUGUUGGUUGUGGCAAUCCUUUACUCGACAUUUCCGCCACUGUCGAUGAGGAUUUUCUUAAGAAAUAUGGUCUCAAACCUAAUGAUGCUAUUUUGGCCGAAGAGAAACAUAUGCCAUUGUACAAAGAGCUAAUGGAUAAGUAUAAGGCUGAAUUUAUUGCUGGUGGUUCAGUGCAAAAUUCUUUAAGGGUCUGCCAAUGGCUGUUGCAAAAACCUAAAGUUGCUACCUUCUUUGGUUGUGUGGGCAAUGAUGAGUAUGCCAAGAUUUUGGAAGAGAAAGCCACCAAUGAGGGUUUAAAUGUUAAAUAUCAAUAUACCGAAGAGGCUCCCACCGGCACCUGUGGUGUUUUAAUCACAGACGCUCAUCGUUCGUUGUGUGCCAAUUUGGCAGCUGCCAAUCAUUUUACCAUUGAACAUUUGCAAAAGCCUGAGAAUAAGAAACUAUUAGAUAAUGCAGAAUAUUAUUAUAUAUCCGGUUUCUUCCUUACCGUCAGCCCGCCUAGUAUUAUGGAAGUGGCUCAUCAUGCUCACAAACAUAAUCGCAUGUUUAUGAUGAACUUAAGCGCUCCCUUUUUAUCGCAAUUCUUCAAAGAACCCAUGAUGGCUGCCAUGCCCUAUGUCGAUAUACUUUUCGGCAAUGAACAAGAAGUUGAAACUUUUGCCAAUGAACAAGGUUGGGAAACUAAAGACAUUAAAGAAAUCGGUCAUAAACUAGUCGCUCUACCCAAAGAGAAUACACAACGUGAACGUAUAGUCAUUAUAACUCAAGGACAUUUACCCGUUUUACUCUUCCGUAAUGGUAAAAUCGAAGAAUUCCCUGUACAAGAAUUGUCACGUGAACAAAUGGUCGAUACGAAUGGUGCUGGUGAUGCCUUUGUUGGUGGCUUCUUGUCACAAUACGUACAAAAGAAACCGUUUGAUGUGUGCAUACGUUGUGGCAUUUGGGCCGCUUCACAAAUCAUACAACGUAGUGGUUGUACUUUUGAGGGUAAACCCUCAUUUGAGGAAUAAAUUUAGUACAAAUUGAAAAAAAACAAAACAAAAACAGAAUUUAACAAAAAAACAAGGCCUUUUUUUAACUUAACCUCUAUCUAAUAUUUGUAUUUGGUUUCAAACUUUCUAUUUGGGGUUGUAAUCUAUUGUUUUUAUUAAGCUAACUUUUAGACUACACACUAUUUUUUCGAAAUUAACUUAAGCACUUUUUGAAAAACAAAAACAGCACAUUGAUCAUCUAUUUUUCUUAGAGUAGACUUUCCCCGACUUCUUUAAUAUCUUUUAACUUUAAUAACCGUAUGUUUUUAAAAUAUUUGAAAUAUUUUUUAAACAAAAUUCACUGUAUGUUUAAAUAUUAUUAUAUUUUACACAUAUUGUGUAAAAUUGUUAAUUUGUGUAAUAAAUUUUUAUAAUGUUUAUUGUAAAAAAACCGAACUAAUUAAAUCUAUAGCAAUAUUUUGUAAAUUUUAACAGUUGAAAUAUAAAAUAAUCAUGUGUUUA